AUGGAGGGAUUGAUAGUCGUGGAACCCACCACUCCUUCCAUCUUCCAAAGCAAGCUUUUACUCUCUGUUUGGCAUAUAUACAUCAUUUUCUCUUCUUUAUUUGAAUAUAGAUUCUUUUCUUUGAACUCAAAAUUAAGAAUCACAAUGGAAACCGGAGAACCUUCAAGAACAGCGGACGACUCACCAUGGGCAAAGCUUGUACCGUCCAACACGAAGUACUCAGAUGUUGAGAUAAGUUCAAAGGAGAUGGUGGUGUCUUCUGAAACGACAUGCACUUCGGAAAUCAAAAACGAAUGGUGCAAAAUUACUAGGAGUAGUGACUUAUGUACAACAACUGUGCAAAAUUUGAGUUCGAAUACUAUUACUGUUGAUGGGAAUGUUCUGGCGAAAAAUGGAACUAUGGUCAUCAAGUGUGGAAGUGAGAUUGUUUCAGGCCCGGAUGCUGAAGGUUUCUUGACUUACAGAUUCAAAUUGAUUCCCUCUCCAGAUAACCGCGAGAAGAUUAAGAUAUCUGUAGAUGCUGAGCAUGCAAAAUGCUGUAUUUGCCUAAACACAUGGCAUGAUGUUGUAACUGCUGCCCCUUGUCUUCACAACUUUUGCAAUGGGUGCUUCUCUGAGUGGCUAAGAAGGUCUCUUGAGAAACACCCUAGAGUUCUCUGUCCACAAUGUCGUGGAACUGUACAAUUUGUUGGUAGAAACCACUUUUUGCAUAACAUCGAGGAGGAAAUACUACAAGCUGACCCUUCACUAAGACGUAGCAGUGAUGAAAUCGCCCUGUUGAAUAAAUGUGCGACCAUUAAAUCAAAUCUUGUCAUUAACUCAGCUAAAAAGUCGAGGCGGAAAAGACCACAUUCACCAUCACCGACUGAGGAAAAUGAAGCUGCAGAUAUUUCGUGUCCUCAAUGUGGUACUGGGUUUGGUGGGUUCCAAUGCAACGGAACUACAGCUCAUUUGCAAUGCCAUGUAUGUGGGGGGAUGAUGCCAUCAAGAACUAACACUAGUGUACCUCAACAUUGUCUAGGUUGCGAUAGAGCAUAUUGUGGGGCAUAUUGGCUGUCUCAGGGGGUGCCUACAAGUAAUUCUCAUACUGUCUGCAGUCCAGAGACCUUCAAACCAAUAUCAGAAUAUACCAUUUCAGAAAUGCCACCCUUGACACAUGAAAAUAACCGAUUUGAGAAAGAUAUCACGGAGAGGUGCAUCAGACAGUCUGGGAGGACAUUGCAGGAUGUUAUAUCAGAAUGGAUCGCAACAUUCAAUAGCAGAAAUAUUGACCGAUCAAGAUUGCAACUGAACCAUGCAGAGAUGAUAACUGCUGGGACACAUCUUUGCAAGGACUGUUAUGACAAGUUGGUCUCCUUUCUCUUGUAUUGGUAUCGAGUUACUACACUCAGACAUACCUUACCACCUGAUGCAUCUACAAGGGAAGAUUGCUGGUACGGAUAUUCAUGCCGGACACAGCAUCACAGUGAAGAUCAUGCUCGUAAAAGAAAUCAUGUAUGUCGUCCAACUAGGGGAAGUCACUUUGUUAGAAGAACUUAGAGUAAGUUGUAUAAAUUCACUGGCAGGUUAAUUUUUUUUCUUUUUUUUGAUGGAUAAGAUAUGAAACGAAUCUUUGUUCAUGAUGUGACAAAAUAUCUAGUGUGCAAACCUUACAGUAGAAUAGCAUACUUUUGACUGGAAA